CCGGUCGGAUCCACGAGAUUCAUAAGGUCAGAGGUCGGGAUGGUGUUGGUGCCAAGAUGGACUCCAUGGAUCUCGAGCGGGAAAAGGGAAUCACCAUCCAGUCCGCUGCUACAUACUGCACCUGGAAAGAUUAUCAGGUUAAUAUAAUUGACACCCCGGGACAUGUGGACUUUACUAUUGAGGUUGAGAGAGCUCUUCGCGUUCUUGAUGGUGCCAUACUUGUCCUUGGCAGCGUUGGUUGUGUGCAGAGCCAGUCUAUUAUAGCCGUUGAUCGCCAGAUGAGAAGAUAUGAAGUUCCAAGGGUUGCUUUUAUCAAUAAGUUAGAUUGUAUGGGAGCAGAUCCUUGGAAAGUUCUAAGUCAG